UCUUGUCCAAGCGGAUGUUGGGGUUCGCGGCAUCAUUGCGCGUACCGAUCACGCAAAUUUCAGGUCACGGGUCACGGUCUCCUUGCGGUUCCUUCACCUCCUCCACCCUCUCCCACCCUCGGUGACGGGACUCCUCCUCCAUCUCGAGACCGCUAACUCCCUCGGCGAACUCGGUCCUCGUAUGGUAAACGGCGUCGUAUUUGGCCUCAGGGCUUAAGCGCUGGAGGAGAGGAAGAAAGGCCGCUCGUGAAGGAGAAGCCAUGAUCUUUGUCGACGGCCACCCCUUCUCCGCCUCCGGGUCCCAAUCUCGGGGGAGAAAACUGUUGGCCUCCUUGUUGGAUCACCCGGCUCUGAUCUCCGCUUCGAAUCGCCUCAAAGCGACGCCGGAGAGGAAGGUCUCCGUCUCCGAUCAGUCGCCUCCCGUCAAGCACGUCUACGUGUUCCAGAGGGAGUACGCGACCGUCGAUCCCGCCCUCGUCGAGUUGGUCGGCACGGAUGAGGCCACUACAUGCGCGAGCCUUGUGAUUCGCAACCGGAAUAAUGGAAUGACCUCCAUUAGCCAUUUGGAUUUUCCAGGAGUUGUCGAUAUGGGCCUCAUCCAAAUGUUAUCAUUAGUUGUUGAUCGUGAAGCUAUCUUGGAUGUUCACCUGGUUGGUGCCUUCAAUGACGCACCAAAUGAAGAUGACAAUGAUAUUCCUGGAUCAGAAGGAUGUCAGAAACAGGACGGUUACUCAAUGUGUUUAUGUUCCAAAAUAAUUGAUGCUUUGCAUGAUAGUCAAGAAAACUUUCAUCUCCAGACUUUGUGUGUUCUUGAGCAUAACACCAAAAGUGAUUCAAAUGGAAAUGCUUGCCCAAUUAUCAGUGGCAUUUUGGUAAACACUUUGUCUGGGUCAAUCAUGCCUGCCAGCUUCGAUAGAAGUUCAAGAUGCCCAGACGAAAUUGUCAGGAGGAUUCGAGUGACUGUAUCUUCCGAAGAUUCUAGUUGGGAAGGGAGGUUGCUAAAGACAUAUGAUACCUUUAGUGAUAAAUUUCACAUUGCCCCUUGCUCUUGGCUGUCGCACUGGGGCCAAAUUGCUUUUUCGCUGCAGCAACUUUCUGAUUCUGAGAUCCUCUUUAGAUGUUCUACCUCACCUUCUGCAGAGGGUCCUGAUUUUGUUGAGAAUGAAAGAAGUGUAUGGAGCUACUUGAUCCGGUAUCCAGAUUGGAGACAAACAUUUGUAGGAAGGAAACCACGGGUAUUUAAGAGGACCGAUGAUGGAGGAUGGCAAAGGUGUGAGUAACACAUCUUGUCGACUGUAUCCAUGACUCCUUGUCCCAGUGAUUGCCAAAGAAUAUUUGUAGGCCCCUCGUCACGAUGAUUGCCAAAAGAAUAUCUGUUCUGUCAAUUUAACAGUUUCACAUCAAAAUAUUGCUUAAGUGUGGCAUUUUAAUUUGUCAUUCAAUGCCGUCUCACUUUUUUAAUA